GCUCUGGGCACGCCUCCUCCUGGCUCUCGCCAGUGCCAGCCGCCACCUCGUCCGAUCCUACUUUGGUCACAGUUAAAUAGUUAAUCAAUGGAAGAGCUCGACGAGUUCGAGGUGCUCUGGCCGGAGUACUACGCCGGCCACGCCCACGCCGACGAUGACCACAAGCCACUGCCGAGCGUGCAGAGCCCGGCCACGUCGUGGCAGCGGCGCGCGGCAGGGUCUCGGCCGGUGGACGUUCCCCCCAGCAGGGCCGCCGUGCUGUUGCUACGGUGGAAAGACGGUACUGAUCAUCAAGACGACUUGAUGGAGAAGGACGGCGGCGGCGGCAAGAUCAUGGUGCCGCCGCACCUGCUGGUCUCCGGCAGGCGGCUGUCCGACGGGGAGGCCGCCGCGGCGUACACGCUGCUGCGGUCGGGGGUGGCAAGGCACGGCAAGCGGGCGCGCGACCUGCGCCACCUGCGCAACUCCGUGCUGCGGAUGACCGGCUUCAUCGAAGGAUGACACGUACUAGGUCGUCCUAUGGUUUGGGGCACAAACACGUGCAUAAAUUUCUCAAAAUUAAAUUUCCUUGUGCGCUCAACGAAUGUUAUCAGAGUGCCCAAAAAACUUGUUGCUAGUACUACCAGUUUGUCAGUAUCGGUUAAUGAGAUUAGCACCAAGUUUUGAACCUA